UCCAUUUCAUGACUGAAAAUAAUUUCAAACUACACGCUAGCGGUAUGGUUCCUUUUAACACUCAAGUGAACACUUUACUCCACAGGCGUUUCCUGCAGUAUAAACGCUAUUUUUACCUAUGGCUGUUAAUUACAUUAGUUCAUUUAAUUCACAGUUUCUUCUUAGGUCUUUCUUUCAAUGAAAAUGUGGCUGAACUGAUUCAAUACACUAACAAAUCUAAUGCAGUUCCAGUGCAACAAAUCAGCGCAUGCUUAGUCAAAUUGAAUGAAAUUCUUGAAACACUUGAAAAUUCUCCCUUGUUUUCUUCUCAAGAUUGGUGUACCUUUUCUGAGGAAUUGGCUCCUGGAUUCAUUACGGUUAAUAGAAUGUAUGAUCACCUCAAUUUCACAACUAUUGUCAAAGCUUUGGAACCAUUAGAGGAGAUGCUAUGCAUUGAAAAUCCUUUAAAAUUGAAUCAAACUCAGGAUAACUUUUCUUUGAAACAUUUCAUAAAUAUAGUGCUUCACGGUGUACCGAUUUUGAAUGAAUGGCAGGAACAGACGAGAUGCAAGGACUUGGCUGAGGCCGUUGAAUCUUCUAGUUUAUUGGAUGAUGUCUUGAGUAUAGGAAGCAAUAUAAUAAAGAGCGUUGCUUCCAUGGCUACGAAUUUGAACAUAGCGUUCACAAGCUGGGAUAAUCUUCUGUUAUCUGAUAAAUUAACUGCAAGCAAUUUUCAGACUCUUCCACGUCAAUUAAGUGAUGAUAUGGGGUCUUCGCCCAGGUUUGGAGCAAAUACAAGUGAAAAAGUGACGUGUAAUUUACAGAGUAUUCAAACGGAAGCUAUUGACACAUUGAAGCAUAUUAAACCAAUAAUGCAUCAUCUCAAUAAUACUAUGAAAAAAGUGUUUCUUGAUGAAAUCUUAAAGUCUUUUAUAGGAAAUGAAGCUAUCAGUCAUCUAAUAGAUAUGGUAGAUGUCUUCUUCAAACUAAUAAGCAGUUUUAUCGACUCUUUAGAACCAAAUGUUGUAUUGGAGACUUAUCAAGCAAAGACAUCAACGGAAACGAAUGUACCAGAGUGGAUUCUUUCUUUUGAAAUGUUCUUGUUAAACAUUUAUAAAAGAAAUGUUGUCUUUAUUCAACUCUCAAAUGCUUUUUUAUUUCAUGUUAUUUUUGUAAGUUUUAUUAGUUAUUCAAAUCUUUUGACAUUUGUUCGUGAAAGAAGUCUUUUUAAUCGUGAAAUAAAACAAAAUCUUUAUUCCACAAGUGCUUAUUUUUUAAGCCGGUCAAUGAUCGAUAUUCCUCUACAAACAAUUCCCGUUGUACUCAUGUCACUUUCUUUCUAUGUCAUUCUUGGAUUACACAAAUUAUUGGAUUCCCAGCGUUCUCUCUUAGUUCUACUAGUUCACAGUUUUUUGUUCAUUUUCAUUUGUAUUGUGAUUUCUAUAGCUUCUUAUGCUUUUGUCAGUAUGGUGGCAUCCAUCUCUCCAUCAUUAGCAGUCGCCAUGUGUCUUCUCUCUAUGUUUCUCGUAACAUGGUUAACAACAAUAGGAUUUUUACUACGUCAAAUUGUUUUUCCGACAUGGAUUGUUCCUGUUCAAUGGAUAUCCUUUUAUAGAUGGGGAUUUUUCGCUCUUAUUAAAGGAACAUUUCUUUCUUUUCAAACGCAGCAUACAAUCCUUUAUCGCUUAAUUCUUACCUUGUCAGGGAUCCCCAAUUUAAGUCUUUUUUUCUUUUUUGUUUUUCUUGUGAUUUGUAUAACAAGUUACUAUGCUAUUGCGUUUUUGUGUCUUUGUUUUUUUCAUCAAAAUAUUGGUCUUCUUUUAUAAACGAUUUUUGUGUAUCAUAAAACCACUCGAGUGCCCACUACUAGGACAUGGUUGUAGUUGAAAGGCCUUAAGACAUCUUUUUUGAUACCAAAUCAUUACCAUGCUUUUAAAAAUAUAUAAUAUAAGAAAGUUUGGCAAGACAAUGGU